UCACUUCAUUAUUUGUCUCUUUUGUUAUUUGUUGUGGGAGCACAACUUUGAUCUCCUCGUGUAUUCCAUGGCAUUUGUUGUAACCCACUUUGCAUCUCAAACUACUUUGAAAAUUCGAGCCUUUACUAGUGUUGACAAGAAAAGUUUCUGUCAGUGUUAUUCUCGUAAAAAACCACAGUCGUCGUUAUCCUGUUCUCUUCGAUCUUAUUUGGGCUUGGAGCAUUCUAUAGCCACGAUUGCUCAAGAGACGGUGACUUCAAGCAAUCCCUUCGUGAUUCAAAGAAUUGCAGAUUACUUUAAAACUCUAGGUAUUCCAGAAAAUGUAGAAAAGUAUGGGCAUCCUGUAAUGAUGGGUAUUAUGAUCGCUUUUCUUGGAGGUGCCACUGCUUAUUAUGGAUGGAUGGGUAGGUUGAAUCCUGAUAAGAAGAAAGGUGUUCAGCAGAAAUCCUUUCACAGCAAUCUUGCCACUGUCUUUUGGCUUUUGGCUUUUGCUGGUGCCUCAGGAGGUACUUUGAGUGUUGCUAUGCAAGGAUAUCCCGUUUGGAAAAGUACUCAUUCACUUUCUGCGGUUGCAGUUCUGUUAGGAUUGACUGUCAAUGCUUGGAUUGCUUUCAGUGGUUUUGGGAGCACACCAACAAAGAGAAUGAGCGGCAGAAAAGUACAUGCAUAUUUAGGAACCGUUACUAUGGUACUCUUGUUAGUGCACAGUAUAUUAGGUGUGUCCAUAUUACAGUCUAGCUAGCACAGUAAAUAUUUGUUGUUUACAUUUGUCUCUCAUAAAGCUUCCAACAAUUUC